AUCAGUCCUGGAAGCCAGUGAGUGAGUGUGAGGGUGUUCCGCUGCGUCAGCGAGGCCGGAACCGCCCUUGGAAGGAGGAAACCAGGGGCCAGAGCGCCAGCGCAGCUCAGCGGCCCCCGCUUUCCACCAAGGGGCGUUGGGCACUUAGCUAUAGAGAACCUGGCGGGGUUCUCAGGACUAGGGUUUAACGGGCCGCCCUUCCUAGGCGACCUCUUCUCUAGGCAUCUGCAUUCGGAGCGGAAGGGGAGGGCACAGCGUUGACGCCAAAGCAGUGCCAAGUCCAAGGUCCGCGGUCCCGCGGGAGAGGCGGCCUUCUCUCUGCGCAGACGCGCUGCCCAGGCUUGGAGGGGAGGGUCCUGGACGGUCGAGGGGGCGGAGUCGUGUUCUGGGCCCGCCUCCACUAGCGCCUGUGAGGUGCCGAGCGUGCGGUCCCCGUGUUAUUCUGGGGGCUUCAGUCAUAGGCGCCGCCCAAGAGACCCUGGGCCGGCGCAGGGCGCAGCUGCCUCUCUACGUUUGCCUGUCCGUCUUUGUGUCUGUCUCUGUGUCUGUCUGGCUGUCUCCGAGCUUGCCUCCACUUCCAGAACUAAGCCGCCCCAACACCAACAUCCUGCGAAAACCCGACCCUUUCCCAUGGCAGGCUACGUGCCCCCCAAAGGUUAUGCCCCUUCACCCCCACCUCCCUAUCCUAUGAGCGCUGGGUACCCGGAGCCAGCGCUGCAUCCUGGGCCCGGGCAAGCACCAGUGCCUGCCCAGGUACCUGCCCCCGCACCUGGCUUCGCUCUCUUCCCUUCGUCUGGCCCAGUGGCCCCGGUGUCUCCUGCCCCCUUCUUGCCACUGCCAGGGGUGCCUUCUGGCCUCGAAUUCUUGGUGCAGAUUGAUCAGAUCUUGAUUCAUCAGAAGGCUGAGCGAGUGGAAACUUUCCUAGGCUGGGAGACCUGUAACCGGUAUGAACUGCGCUCGGGAGCCGGGCAGCCCCUGGGUCAGGCAGCAGAGGAGAGCAACUGCUGCGCCCGUCUGUGCUGUGGUGCCCGUCGGCCACUGCGCGUUCGCCUGGCAGACUCUGGGGACCGCGAGGUGCUGCGCCUGCUCCGCCCGCUCCACUGUGGCUGCAGCUGCUGCCCUUGUGGCCUCCAGGAGAUGGAAGUACAGGCUCCACCGGGCACCACUAUUGGUCACGUGCUACAGACCUGGCAUCCCUUCCUCCCUAAGUUCUCCAUCCAGGAUGCUGAUCGACAGACAGUCCUACGAGUGGUGGGGCCUUGCUGGACCUGUGGCUGUGGCACAGACACCAACUUUGAGGUGAAGACUAGGGAUGAAUCCCGCAGUGUAGGCCGUAUCAGCAAGCAGUGGGGGGGGCUGCUCCGAGAAGCCCUCACAGAUGCAGAUGACUUUGGCCUACAGUUCCCACUGGAUCUGGACGUGAAGGUGAAGGCUGUGCUGCUGGGAGCCACUUUCCUCAUUAUCUGCCCCCAGGCUCCAGCCGGACCACCCACACACAUCGCCCUCACCAGGCAUAGGGGAUGGGGCGGGGCCCGCCCAUGACGUAGCGGCCCCGGGCCCCGCCCAGCGGCCGCACCAGCCCGAAGUCUGCCACCUUGAUAGUGCGCGGCGAGGCCAACAGUAGGUUACGUGUAGCGAGGUCCCGGUGCACCAGUCCACGGGCCCCCAAGUACGCCAUGGCCCCAGCCAACUGCCUCAGGAAGAGACAGAGCAGGGCCACUGGCAGCGGGGGUGUCGGGGCCGGGUCUGUCAGGCGCGCAUGCAGGGAACCUAGUGGCGCCAGCUCCAUUACCUGCCAGAGGACAGCACAGCGUGAGCCAUGGUCUGUCUCCACUGGCCUCUCCUGUCACACACCAUUCCCAAGGCUGUUCAGAGACCCAGCGUCUGGAUCUGCUCACCAUCUGCAGAGGCUGCCCCAGCACAAGACCAUGAAGACGCAGCACGUGUGGGUGCUCCAAUUUCAUCAUGACAGAUACUUCUCGAAGGAAGUCUCCCAGCUCUGUGCCCACGGGGCCUUCGGGACCUACCCGGAGGGACUUGACAGCCACUGGGACCUGGAGAUGGGGGGAGGCAUCAUCAUAUACCAGAGGAAAUGACCAUGCCAAGGUCAGAGCCCAGAGGGCAUAAAGAUCAAAAGGGCCUGGGGGGUGGGGUAGAGGGCCUGUGCCUGUGGCACACUUGUAAUCCCAGUAACUCAGGAGAUGGG